AUCUCUCGUACUACACCCUGUGCAGUUCUUGGUGAUCAUUUUUAGCUACAAAUAUGCAGAAAUAGGUGGACCCAUGAUAUGAGGCUAUAGAUGAUGGAGCUUGCGCUUGCCUCGGCCGCCUGUGCAAAAAUGAAUCUCAUGCCUAAGCCUGUGCUCGGAAGGUCGUUCUGCAAAAAGAGACAUCUUCCGCGCUCGCGUGGUCCUGCGCGAAGCCCGAACCCAAUGUAGAUACGUUCCACUGGCGCAGCGGAUAAAUCAAGACGACGAGGACCAUGAGAGGCUCCAAAAACCAUGAAGCUUCUUCAUGCCUCGGGCGGCCCAGCAGAUUUUCACCAUUUCCCUCACUGCCCCUCGCGGUACUGCCUCUCCUACCUCUACUUUUUCCGGUCCAGUACGAGGUACCACACGUUGAAGGUGCUGCGUUUCGUGAGCUUUUUCGCUGCUCCGGCUUGCGAAAAGAGGACUGCGUUGGGAGACGUAGCAGACGUACCUGGGACGAAGACGCGCGCCUGCAGGAAAGAGUGUACCUGGGGACGGGGGAUUUGUUUGCACCGAUUGACUUGCAGGAGCAACAGCGUCCGUAUGAUGAUCACGAGGCGUUCUAUUCGACGAACACGACUCCACGCGGGGAUGAUGACCGAAUGAUCCCCGGACGAGGACCGGGCAGUGCAGUGGCGAGCCAAGCGCAAGCGCGUCCUUCGGAAAGAACAACUCCGAUGAAAACUGAGAAACCACCCUUUUCAUCUACUUCACAAUCCAACGUCGCUCGAGGACCUGGACCCAAGGAACAAUCAGCAGCUACUUUCAGCAGUACGGGAACAAAUCGCCGUGAUGCCGCACUGCAGACCGCGCUUUUCAAUGUGUCCCAAAUUGCACAGCUGGGGGGCUUCGCCAGUUUUGCCCCCGGGGGAAUACUGCAGUCGGCCCUAGUACAUCCAUCGCUCCCUGCUCCUGUACCGGGAGCAUUGUUUGGGUUUCCACGCCCGCGAGAGCUGGAUGACGAAGUUGUGUUCUACAAUAACGGCCGCGCGCCAUCGCGUGACAAGAAUUUCAUACCCGUUUACAGUCGUCAUGAUAUAGAGGCAGAGUAUGAAGAAUUCCGUACCCCGCCUGGGUCCGAGCGCGAGCGACAGGCAAGGUUUCCAGAGCCGGGAGACUCAGCUGAUUUUAAAGCUGACGAGGAGCUGCCGUCUGCCUCUGCACAGCAUUAUGCGGGUGGGAAUGGCGCUGCAGCUGGCGCGGAAAGUCUUCUCCUGCAAACAAACAGGGAUCGCAAAAAUGCGGAGGGGAAGCAACACGAAUCCAAAUUUUCUGCAACCAGUAGUGAUAUCACAAGCCAUCUUCAGUGUCAGAGUGUUGAGAAGCGGUGUGACGGAUCAACAAGUAAAAUUCCUAAGAUCGACCACGAUGCGGACCUGUCCGCAUUUGAGCCUCCCUUCUCUCGGUCCACUUCGCAGGAAGGGCAAAUUUCCCGGCUGUCCUCCUCGUUUGAAUUGGUGUACCUGGAUGACCCCAAGGGGACUAACGCUGUCGUGAAUGAACUGCCGCGACUCGAGACGGAUCCGAACUUUUUGGUCGACGUGAAUAACUUCUUGAACGCGUGCGCGCCCCCUGCAAAAGGAAGCAGCCUCGAGCAGCCGCGCCCCCCGGAGCCUUGCCGCACGGAGCAGAUGAACUGCGGACGUGCAACAACAGCAGGAGAAAGGCCCCUAACUCACUCGAAUCAGGGAGGUUAUGCUGACGGGACUGCUUUUCCGAAGGAAACAGAAACGCGAGCGCCGCCAUCUCCUUUAGAAGACGUGCCGCAGCCGAAGAUUCUCCGCCACGUUCGGAAAUCCCGCCGGGAUGUUGAAGCGCCAGGCCGCUCCCCCAAAAGCGGCCAACAUUGGAUGGCUGACAAUCCUGAACAAAAUCUGCUACGCCCGCACCUAGCCCCAAGAAGAACAAAGGGUGACCCGGUUGAGGAGCUCGAGGCCAGCUGCUGUAGUCCUGGCUACGGCCUAAGUGAGGAGGAUUACCGUUGCGCUGCUGAGGCCCGCGCGCUGCGAGAACGACUUGCCCUGCGAGUGGCGACGGGAGCAGCGCCAGACUUCGCGGAGGUCCUUCUCCCGGGCCCGCUCGAGCGCACCGUGCAGCGGCACCGCCGAGACGAGCACCUCAUCCACAUUGGACCACGAGACGAGCCUCCGGCCUGCUUUUCGGCCGCGAGCAUGCAUGAUCCGAUCGGAAACGCGGCGGCCGCGGUUGUGUACCCCUCGGUCCAGCAGCACGCAGCGGAGAUUCCCGGCCUCAGUUUGAGCAUGCAGGACUUUCUGCUCCUCCUCCAGGCGUAUAACCUGGACGAAGCGCGCGUCGCGCUGAGUCCCGUGAUGGAAACCACGGUCAGUGCGCUAUUGUCCGAAGAAGACGCUCGCAAGUGCUUUCACUACGCUUUGGUCUUGAAAUUGGUGCCGAAGCACGACGGGCUUGAGAAUAUGGUUUCUACGCCUGAGGAGCAACAGGAUGACGAACGCGAAGAUUUACAAAAGCCGGGUGCUCUUUCACCGGAUUCUGGUCUGGACGGCUCAUCACCGUCGGGCCCCAGAACUGCGCUGAAACGCAGUGACGGUAGUAUUGAUGAUGUCGUGCAGAUGCAACAAAAUAAGCAGGAUCCGAAAGGUGAAGGUGAUCUUCAAGAAGCUCGGGAUUCAACAAUUGCAGAGCCGGCAUCUUUAUCUCCCGAGGACCCCGACAGCGAACGGCUCGUGCAAUCCUCGCCUGCAAUGUUGCGAAGCGCAAACCUACAAAAGAAAGGAGCACAAAGAUCGACCGGCCCAGGAGGUUCUUCCGAUGAAGUUGUGUCUUCCACCGGUAGAAGCGCAAGUCCGGUACUACUUACAGCCGUGGCAAGUAGUCAGGGUGAUAGAGGCAUGGGUGGCAGUGGCAGCGCUUCCCCCAUGGGCCUCACUCUGAAGAAAAAUCCCUACAGCUGCAACAACGUGACGGAGGCCAUCAACGAUUAUGGCGUUGAGUGUGACCUGUUAGUGCACCGACUGGAGCUGGAGCGCGAUUUCCUUGAGGAUCGAGAGGAGCUGGAAAAAGCCUCGUGUCGGCCGCGGGCUGGCAGCAACGUCACUGCCACGAUUCCCGAAGAGGAAGAACACGAAGAUGAGGCAGAACAGUCGCAGUGGAGUCUGCGAGUGCAGCACCCCUCCGGAACGGACCUCUGCUCCUCGGCUCUGCGCCUUUUAGAAAAUAAUAGCGCAGAUGUUGAAGAAAAAGAAUGCGAACAAAGUGGUCAAAGGUGGCCACCUCGUCCGUGGUCUUCGUCCCAGCACGCGCUGCAUUCCGAAAAAUCAGAUCAGAUGCAUAGAAGGCCGGCCACGGUGGACGGGAGUUCCGAGCAGCUGAAGCUGAAAAGGGAGAACACCGACGAGGAAAACAGCGACUGGGGUCUAGACGCUACGACCUGCAGUGGGCGGAGUCAGCGAACCACGUCCGCGUGUUCCUCUUUCGGAUCUUCUCAGUCUGCGGAAACGUCAUCUGUGAACGGAGGAAACGAUGCGUUGAAACGAACAACAUCCGGGCACGUCGGUCUCGAAGGAGAGUUCUCUCCACCUCUACCGCAGCGCGCACCAGCGGAAUCUGAAGAGAACAGUUUUUUACGCGAGGGCGUUGACGCGGUGAUACAAACCAUAACACACGCGGAUUCCGCGAGCGACUUGCGCGGGAAUUUGAAGAUGAAGUCCGCUAGUUAUCCUUCCUCAGCUUCAUUUCCGAGCAGUUCUAGCCGGACUCCGAAAAGUCGCGGUCCCGACCACUACGCGUUCGUGAGAAUCGAGCGGCUUAGCACCGGAGAAAUCUCGCUGAAGUAUCACCUGCAUCCGCUGGGUAAUAGAGGGAAGAAAAAAUUAUCUAAAAGUAGUUCUGAACCGACGCGAGCCACCAGCACUUUCGAUUUGCCAUCAGAUGAUGUGCACGAAGAUGAAAGCAGUGCUGCUAGUAGUAGCACACCUUCACCGGAACCACAGGAGAUUGACAGAGAGUGGCAAGCUUACAGAGCACGGGAAACACAGGGUUUGCGUGCAUUGGCGCAAGGAUCUUCUGUUUCUUCUACUGAAGGAGCCGGUCAUCUGCACGACAACCAGCGGAGUAGUACCGAAAAGAUCCUCCUCGUUCCGGAGGAGCAUGUGGCGCGCGUGUGGCGGGCUGGCCCCGAGCACAAGCAGCGCGGGGUGCCGAUCGACGGUCUGAAGUGGAUGGAAGAGGAGGCGCUUUUGGGAGGCUGGUACAAGGAAGCGCAGCAGCACCAAGCGAGUUGGCCGUCGCGGGGCGGGCAACACAAGAAGUACGGGAAUCUGGACAGUUACGACGUGGGAACCAACAACUGCCAGCAUUUGGUAUUCCGGUUUUUCCGCGACGUCAUCCACCUGCCGCAGUGCGGCGUGUACUACUCGAAUACGCUCGAGACCCCGCUCGAACGCAGCCGGUCCGACAACUUUGAUUCCCGCCGGCCGACGAAGAUCGACCCCCUGUCUACCUCCGAACACCCCUUCGCCUGGGGUUUGCUCGGCGUCAAAGGUAAGUACGUACUUAAAUAAAAUACAAACAUAUCGAAGAUCAAGAUUUACGUUGGUUUUCACGAACAUACCUGCUACGCCCGCCCACCCUACUCGAAUGAUACUGUCCACCGGUGUUUGUAUGUAACUCCACGAGUGUUCAACAGCAAUCUGAAUCUUCAACGUGAAUCUCCAUCUGGUGGUCUCUCAUUUAUUGCCUUUUGAUACUCUAUACGUAUACCUUCAUCAGGUUUGAGCGACCUCUCCGACCAGAGCGAUGCGCGCAUGGCCUGCAUCAGCAAUUUUGAGGCGUUUCAAGAGGAUUUGGCUACGGGCUACUACGCAAAAAUCGACCCGCCUCUUUUUGGUCCCAGAACGGAUCACAGCCACUUCUUCGACUGAAGAGUUCGGAUAAGAUACAGAUGAGAAUAUUAAUCCUACAGUUCAGGAACAGGAUCAUCAUCAUAUUUGUUUCGACCCGUGCGGGCUUGAAGUGAAAGAUGGCAUGGUAAAAGUUCUUGCGCUGGUUCCAACUUCAGUGCUCGUUGUGGCACCUGAGUGACACAGUGGCGCGGACGACGUAAUUUGUGCACAGCUUCCUGAAGAUGCCAAGAUUUUGAAUCUACUUGCCAGCUUCACCGGCAUUUUUGUUAUUUGGUCUUCACUUUUUUUGCUGUGCACGACGCCGUUCGUCCAGUCCGGUUGUUUUCGAAGGCAGGCUGCCUACAGUUUUUAUAAUUACGUUAUAGAAGAAAAAGUCGGAUGUUGCCAAGGCCAUGGCCAACACAUACGCACGCGCACUUCAUCUCAAAAAAUGCAACUACAAUAAUGAAUGUGAAUCAAUACAGCAAUCGCGAGAAAUGUACUCUUCGCACCAAGAUCAAGAAAACAUGCAAAGAAACGUAAUGAAUGUUUAUUGAAUUCAUCAUGUGUGUAUCAUGUAUCUGUGUACCGUAGUACAGUAGAAAUUGGCUACGAGAACGUUUUUGGUUCUGGAGAAGCAGAAGCUCCUUGUCCAGCCGUAGUAGAGAUAGAGACCGAAUUCUUCGUCUUCAUCAUCUUGUCUUUUCUGUGAAACGAAAUUAAAUUGUUGUCGAGCCAACGAUGGAGUUUUCUGUUGAAACAAAAAAGUCGCCAUCUCCUUCUUUCCUGCUUGUAUAGUAUAGUCGGAAAUUGGCGAUGUGUUUCACAAAACGAU